UAUCAUAGAAUCCGUCGUAGACAGUUUUUCGUAGAAACUAAGAAAUUUUAAUCAUACAAUUCGAAUAGCUCCGAACGCACAUUCGAAAUUCGUAGAGUAGCAUUCACUGAAUACACUCGUAACGUCAAAUCUUACCGUUUCGUACAAUUUUUCUACGACAACGUUAGACUAACGGACAAAAAUUAGAAGUAGUAAUAAAAAGAAAAUUUAAAAGGAGAAAAAUACGAAAGCUGUAAAAUGUACAAAGUUGUAACAACACGUCAGCAGUAUGCUAGUUUGUUGGAACUAAUAAAGGAGAAGCCAGAAAUUGCUCAGGGGUUCUCCAAAUGCUCGAAGGAAGAGGUAGCCGAGUUUUGGCAAAAUGUUGCGAAGCAGCUUAAUAGUAUAGGCCCACCUACCAAAGAUGUAUCAAGCUGGAAAAAGGUGUGGUUAGAUUGGAAGGCUUAUAUAAAGCGAAAAUUGUCAGAAAACAAGAGGGAGCAAACAACAACUGGCGGUGGCCGCUAUAAGCAGCACCACUUUAAUGAGAUGGAAGAAGAAGUAAUCAGACUGACCGCUUUAGAGACCAGCACACACGGUAUCCCAGGCACAGUAAGUGUGGGACUACCUGCUACUGUCGAGGCAGAGAAUAGUGGACCCGAUCCGGACGUAUCCAUGCUGUCGGAUAACUGCAGUCCUUCUUUCACGAGACGUGCACCAACUGCCCAAAAGCGAGUCGGUACAAGUACUGCAGAUCUUCUAAAAGAGCAGCUAGCGCUUCAAAAGGACUUCCAAGCAAAGAGUCUGCAGCAUUUUGAACAGCAAGAUAUGAAGCUAGACAAUCUCGCUUCGACUAUGCAGAGAAUGUGUUCGGCACUGGAAAAAAUGUGCGACCUGAAAGCCGCCGACCUGGAAGAAACGCGUAGGCACCAUAGAAAUAUGGAGUGCUUGAAUGCGGCCAAAAAUGAAAUAAAACAACAAAUGUUAGAAGUCGAGAAUAAGAGCCUCGAAGCGUUGUCAAAAAAAAAAUAAUAAUUCACAUUUUUUAUUGAAAACUAUAAAUGUUUACUGUGCCUUACUUGUAUGUAUAUAUGCAUAUAUAUCGUAUUUACUAGGUAUGGCUAGACUGGAAGGCUUAUAUUAAAAGGAAGCUAGCGGAAAACAAAAAAGAACAGUCAUAUAUAUAAUACAUAAUACAUAUAUGUAAGUCUUGCUAUUUUUUAAUUGAAUACUAUA